AACAGCCUCAGUGAUGUGGUAUGUAAAGAAGCGAGAGUGGGUGUUGUCUGUGUCUCUAUCUCUCUCUACGCUUCAUCUGCUGCUUGAUCAAAGUUGCUUGUCCGUCUAAUGGGUAAAGUAGAACACGAAAAAGAUUCCCCGCUGCUCACACAUGCAAUUUCCGAUUGUUGAUAACCAAAAUUUAUCCUCGGACGCGCGCACAAACGUAGUGCGGUUACCCUGAAUUCUUCGUGUGACGAGGAGCUCGCAAGGACACGCAUCAACCUCAACGACCAUAGCUUCUGAGACCGUCUUUACACGUUUCUUUCGGCGCAGCACAUUGAUGACAUUUUUCUGGCGGAGCGAACCACCACGAAGACCACAAGAAGCCGCGUUUACCCAUACCACCAGGACAACUGAGUUUGAUCGGGACUUUGCUGCUCUCCCGCAUCAUGGAGGAAAAAUUGAUGGCAACAAAGCUACAGAUGAAUUUGUCGAAAGCAGCGAAGAAUUAGAAGUAGAACUCUUGUGCCCCGCCCACCACGUCACGCCAUCAAAGUGGGGUUUUGUCAGGCGAGCUGUCGAGAGCUGCUCGGGCAUUCUUUACAGCACGGUCGCGUCUGGAAAUACUUAGCGUAGAGCGUUUGGUACGACGAGGUGCCGUUAAAGAUCGAAUUGGUCGCGCUGGCCUGCAGCUGAUUCGCUUCUUUUCCAACUCAACAAGUCGCAGUAGAGUUGCAGGAUGCCACCUAAACGCGCCGGCCUUCUCCGAUCGAAAAAGGGCGAGUUCAGUGACAGUGAUGAGCGUUUCGAAAAGGAAAAGACUGGCGGCCCGCUGCAAUAAAAACAUGAUAAGAUGCAUGCUUUUGAUGGUGUGCAAGAACGUGACUUGGCAUUUCAAGUCGUCUGAAAGCAGAACUCAAUCUCAAGCCGUGAAAAUAAGCUUCAGCAUGCAGAACAGGUCGCGUUGUAUUUCAUACAGGCUCAAAAUCAAAAUGUUGAUGGCAUAUGUUUUCUUUUGAAAAUCAGGUGCAGCGGAAGCUGUGUUUUGUUGCAGCAUUCGGGGUAAAAAUAGUUUUCCAAUGAAAGCAGUUUUUCAUCUCCUGAAGCGCUGUUGUUCCUCUUUCUCAGGCGAUAUCAGUAUCUACCUCUCUGACACUGUAGGGUUGCAGAAAUGUUGCCGCUUUAGCUAGUCUUGUCUUUUCAAUAACCGCUCCCCCACGGAGUCCUCGGCUGUCGAGGAGGUACAGCAAGGAAAGACAACGACAAGAGGAGGAGGGUCGCGACCUGCGAGAGGACUUAUCAACUGCCUUUCUGUCGGAAAUGCGGCCCUGAGGGGAAAGACAACACGAGAUGUUGGAAGCGCAGCGUCCAUAACGUCGAAACGCGACCCACGACCACCAAAAGAUGAUGGGUUUUUUCACUUAUCCAGAGAAUCCCAUACAGAGGCGGAGUUUGCAGCUCCAAUCUUUUCCAACAACUAGAAGCACAUCAAAAAUGUUCGAAAUGUUGGGGCGAUAGAUCAUCAUCACGAAGCAAGGAGCCGAUAGGAGCAUGCGCCAAUGAUGACAUGUCUUUGUUGUUCGUGAAGGUAAUCCUGGAUAAUUUUCAGCCAAGUCGACAAGGAAGCUGCUACGACGACUGUGAUGAGGUGCUGUAGCUAGUACGAUUAGAGGUUAUGCAAAAGCGAAAAGAAGUCUAAGAGCGAGGGAACUUGCUCACCCCGGUCUAUCUGAAAUUGGACAGAUGAUUCAUGGCCAUCUUUACACACAUGGACAGCAACAAUGCAGUUGUUCGAAAAAAUAGCUUGCCUCUCUUUCCUUGCAUACCGAAUGGGUGACGGCUCCUCGUCUGAAUCGUCGGCGUGCAGCCGUCGACGGAACGGCACCCCGUCCAAUGCGGAAGAUGCACAUCCUGAGCCGAAAAAGAAGAAGCUUGACACGAAGUUCGCGGCGAAUGCGUUUAAACUACCCAUGCCAUCCUCUUCCACCUUCUCGUCUGCGCAGAACCAGCAAGAUAUGCAUUGCAAAAAUAUCGUAGUUCUUGUAGUAGCUAUUGCAUUGGAGAUGGAACAAGUUUUGCUCAGAAGGACCAGCGGUAGUCGUCAUGCUGAUUUGCGCGUGAAGUACGUACAAGAUUUGUGGCCAUGCACGACCGCAAAUAAGUAGCUAUUGCAAUUCCUAUAUUCAAUGUAGCACGAGCCGCACGAUACAGAUACUUUUGCACAGGAUAGAACAAAUCAAAAAGCAAUUUGUGCGCAACCAGGAAGGCGGGCACCAAGCCAUCAAUAGCCUGUUUGCCGGUCUGAACAGGUCAGCCCCCGGCCCUGCUGCGCAUCGAAGUGGCGCUUUGGGCGGCAGUAGCAGCCGGAGCAACAGCCCCGGCGGUCAGAACGAUCCGGGUGGUGGCGGUCGUGCGGGAGUUCUUCCUGCAAGGGCGGGAGUGCUGCAACAUCAAGAUGACCGGGCCGCGUUGCCUUCUUCCGAGCACUCCUCCGGCGAGGAUGAUUACGAACUCUCGCCGGAGCGGUCGGAAGAUAACGAUUUUCGUGAGCAUCGUCGUUCGCGUCCUGUGCCAACGCAAAACAGGAGACGCUUGCUAGAGCAGCAGCAGGGCCGUCAUGAUAAAAAGUACUUCCAGUCCUCCCCGGAAAGCAGCAGCGAAGUGUUUGCAGCCCAACAACGGCAGGAGCACAACAGGGACAACUACCGAAUCAACAGCCCAGAGCAGCAGUCGUCUCACCAUGUCAAUCAGGCAGACCGCGAUUUUCGGAACGCAUGUCCUGGUGGAGGUUCUUCUGCUCAGGCGGCUAGUUCCAGCGCAGGAGAUCCUCCCGCUCCUCCCCCGGCGCCCAUGCUGAUCAUCCCGGGAGCCUUGAGGGAUUACAGUCCGGAAUAUCGAAGCAGCGUCUCUGAGGACGAAGAGGAAGAGGAAAGCAUGCAGCAAUUUAGGAUGAUGAAGGACAAGUAAAACAGCUAGCUUUUCUUCCCGCAGGGCCAAUCGAAGCACGAGUGAAGGGUUUUAAUGUGCAUCACAACAUCUUGUUUCAAAACCACAUCAGAAAAUCAUGUAUUUGUGUGAUAUUUUUCAUCUUCUCGGCCCCAGCAUUCGGAAUAUGCUCUAGCGUUGACAUUGAAAAGAAGUUUAAGCGCUUUACUUUUCCUUGCAUUUGCCCUUCCGGUUCCGAGGACGAAGCCGCUUCUGAGGAGGCGGAAUUAGAGGCAGCGCACGAUGAAGAAGUGGACGACCAGGAGCCAGGAGAGGAGCCAGUAGAAAAGCGCAUCGCCGCUUCCCAGCGCCCGCCACGGAACUACCAAGGGGCAAACUCGCGGUAUGAGAUCGGUAGAAUGUUGAAGGCCGCUCGUCCCUGGGUAGUUUGCAGUGCUUCGCUUGUUGAGGAAUCUCUGUUGCACCUUGUCAUCUUCGAAAGAAAGUUGCUCCAGUGCAGUUCGAAUUUGAUGGCUUUGUCAUUCGUACUAGACACAAAACACGCACACGACCUAGACCUACUCCUACACACACGACGCAAUACAGUGGAAUACCAAGGGAAUAAGCGGCCUCUGUUUUAACUUUCAUACCCUCCGUAACGGGCGGAUCAUCUCCGAAAACGACAACUCUGAGUCAUCGCUGUCUGGUAGGUCGAACGAAAGUUAUAAUCCUCAGCAUGAUUCGGACGAGGAAAAAAUAAAAGAAGGAGAAGCUACCGCAAAGAACAAGAAGAACGCGAAAAAAGAGCAACAGCAGCAGAAAAAAACUCCAGAAGGCAGAAAUAGUCCAAGCGUCAAAAUCUUACCGAUCCGACCCCCGCAUCAACCACAGCCGCGCAGUCGAAAUGGAGCUUUGUUGCUGCCCGAGGAUUCGCCUGCUCUUGAACAGGAGUCCUCGUCUGCUCACUCGGAGGACGAGAAGUCCGAGGAGCAGGAGGCCGGGGAACAAGAUAAAAAUGUUGAUACGGCCGCGAGGGCGAUGAAAACUAGGCGUACGUCUGUAGUAGAGAAAGCGAAAGGACCUUGCUCGAAAAGACCGAAAAGAACAAGCAACUACAGCCGGGACGUUGAAAUGGAAGAUGUGGAGGAUGAAGAUGGAAAAAAUAAUAAAAAAGGUCGUCGUCCAGAAAGAGAAAAAGUACUAAACUCCCAAAGAAAUAAAGACGCUGCGAACGACGAAGCGGAAGAGAGUGAAAGUGAGAGCGACUCCGACUUUGCCUAUGGGGAGCCGAUCGUUACCAGUCCUGAUAAGGACGAUAAGGAUGACGACGAAAAUGAAUUGGAGCAGCAGCGUUCAUCGAGAAAAAAACGAGAAGAAAAAAAACGACCAGGAAAAACGACGAUGCGCGGUAGACGUCGUUCAUCGGAGAAGAAAUCUGAUCGGGGCCGCUUCCAUCAACAACUACCACGACCAAUACAUCCCGAUCCUCGACGGCUUGCGGAGAUAAAGUUUUGGGACACGACGGCCCAAAACGACGACGAAGAUGAAGCAGUAUCGUCGGAUGAUGACGAAGACGAAUCCCAGGUGAGCAGCAGCAGCGGGGCGGUUUCGUCUUCGGCUGUAGAGGAAUCUGUUGAAGAAGAAGAAGAACACAGCGACAAUGUUGAAGAAGAACACAGCGAUAGUAUGGUCGACAAAACGGAUCAAAAAGAUCAGACGCAGGGUUUCAAAGAGAAUAAAGUUCUGCGGGAGAAAGGAGAAGUAGGAGCAGUAUCAAAAAUCACUAGUAAGGCGGUAAUCAAGCAUGAGGAUCCGCCGGAUAAUAUUAAAGAUCGUGACCGGAAGAGGCGGGCAUCUUCAGGUUCUGCGGUAGAAAAGCAACAAAAGUUAGUCGUUGACAACGUCGAAAGUAAAAAGAUGAAAAACAACCAGAAUAAUCGGCAAAGAGAAGUAGAAGAAGCAGAGUCUGAUAAGUACUCCGAGUAUUCGGAGCUGCCCGCGCUGGGCGACUAUAAGUUCGGCAAGGAGACGGGUUUCGGCGAUAGAAGUCCGAGGGAAGAUGAUGAUUUGAAGGACGAAAGCAGUAGAAGUGGAAGAAAAGGUAUUAGCGGUAAAAGUUUCGAUCAACCUAGAAUUUCCGACGGGAAGAAGACGAGGGACCAAGAGAUGAAUAUGAAGCCAGUCGAAGAUAAUCACAAGUCGCUCCUUGAUGCGAAGAAGGACAACAUUUACUCUGGUGCACCAGGUGACCGAGACAGGAAGAACAAUGAUAUGAUUCCGGGCGCAACCGUUUCCGUACGCGAUCGCAUUGCGAAGAUAGAAAGUCAAAGGGCGGCGAAAGCGGUGGAAGGACAGCAAGGUCGUGAAACGAAGUGGGGCUGUCUCCGCCUUCCCGGGAAGACGACGUCGAGCAAGUUGACUUUUGAAGACUGCAGUGAAGAGGACGAGAAAGCGGAAAAUGUUGAUGUUCAUCCAUCACGACCUCCUCGACCGCCUGCUCCGCCGCGAACAGAUGAUAAAAAACUAGAACAAGAAAAAGAUGCUGCGCCUUCUUCCGGCGAACAGCGCGUGGUGUUUGGUAGAAGAAGCAACCACAACUACACGACGGCCAAGGGUCAUGAGGAUAUUAAAGCUGAACCACGGAAAAGCAUUCAUGCUCGUCGCGUGGACGACAGGGGCCCGGGCCCGGACGGCGAUAAGAAACAAGACCGUCUUUGUCUGCGUGAUUUUGCUCCACUGAAGCGGACCUUUGCUUCUGAUGCAGAAGAUCGUGAUCGUGAUGGUGAUCGCUCUUACAGAUACAAACGGAGAAGUGAAUCCCGAGGAAGACGGGCCGGGAGGGUCCGAGAAGAUGAUCGGGAUGGAGGAGGUGUUGCUAAGGAAACUUACCUUCGCAGGCGGGAAAACAAGUCAUCUGGUCGUGCUGCAGGGAUUCGCUCUUCAGAGAUGGUGCUGCCGAACAAUGUCCUGCGAGAGGACAAGUACAAACCUGGCACCGAUGGGGCGUCGAGUAAAGCUGUCGGAAAAUUAGCACUACCGGAUUUCUUGCAGAAGAGCGUCAAUGACCGUCCGACGGUUGAAAUCGCACCGCAGGUGCACGACAAAUCGAAACAAGAACUUCUGGGUGGAAAGAAAGAGCCUUCCCCUGAACCGAUACCGCGCCCUUGGUUGAAGAAAGAGAAACAAGUGUCACCUUCUCGCGUCGAAAAAGAAGCUUCAUCCCCGAGAAUAUUAAGACCAGCUGUUCCUCCCGCUGGUGGUUUGAAACGGCCUUCAUCACCGAAAGGAAGCAGGGACAACGGUCGGAACAAUGAUCGAGCGCCGAUGGUGGUGUCGGCUGGGGCGAACAAAAUGAGAGCAGCCUCUCCCCCCCGGGUGGUCGUGCCGGAGUUCUUGUCUGCAUCUACAACUGCCGCAGGAGCCCUUCACAUCAAGGACAUCAGGCCCAAAGCUGCACCGAAGUUCCAGUUACCGACUUUGAAAAAAGGUGCGGUCGCGCCCCCUCCGGUGCAACUGCCGACAUUGAGAAAGCAGGAAGCUCCUCCAAGCUUCGUGCUAGGAGCCAACAGUAUCAAGCUCGGCGCUCGUUCCCCGAACGCCUCUCCACUGAUUUUCCGGCCCAGGGACUGGGAUCAUCCCAUGAGAGAUCGCGACAGGGAACGGGAAAGGGACAGAAGAGACCGAGGCAACCGGGACAACUACCGUGAUCGCGAUCGGUGGGACCGAGACCGGGACUACAACGACCGAGAUAGAGAGCGGGAUUACAACGACCGAGAUAGAGACCGCGAUUACGACCGAGAUAGAGACCGGGAUUACGACCGAGACCGGCGGGAUAGAGACCGGGACAGAGAUAUUCGGGACAGAGAUCGGGAUAGAGAUCUCCGGGACCGGGAUAGGGAUCGUGAUAGAGCAGACCGGGAUCUUCGCGGCAGAGAUCGGGACAGAGACAGGGAUCGGGACAGGGAGCGCGAUCGUGACCGCGAUCGUGACCGCGAUCGGGACCGCGACCGCGACCGAGAUCGCGAAUUUUUACAUAGAGGCGGAGAUCGUGACCGUGGCAGAGAAGAGCGCGGGUGGAGGAGCAACGACAGGAGAGGUCGUGGAGAUGGGAGAUAUCAUAGUCGGGAUCGGUACAAUUACAGCGACCGUGACCACGACCGCAAGAUAUUGA